AUGAUUCAGACUAAAGACUUGAAAUUCUUUUCCAAUAUGAAUAAGGCAAUGAAAUCUUAAGAUUAAAUUAGAAAUAUUGCAAUAUCUGGUACUUUUGAUAAUGGAUAAUAAUACUUAUAUAACAUUUUAAUUAAAAAAUGGGGAGUAUAAACUAAUACAGAUUUAAUACUUACUGAUAAUCAAUAAGAAUUUGAUUAAGAAUUCUAAUCUUAAUGUAAUAUUAAAAACUUAUAUUAUUAAAAAAAAAUCAAUAAAAAAGAAGAAGUAGAAGAUGGUUAUCUGAUAAACUUAAUGAAAUCUUAAAAUAACUAUCAUAAAUAAACAGAAAUUUUAGCAAGAUUAUCAGAUGGAGCAAUUAUUAUAAUUAACUUUGAAUUUUAUUUAAAUAACGAAAUUGAAACAAUAAUAAGAACAUUUUUGAAAGAAUAAAACAAAAUAGUGUUUUUCAUAAACAAAAUUGAAAAAGCAUUUUUGUAACAAAAUCUUUAUGGAGAAGAAAUUUACAUAAAUUUAAAUCGUAUAAUUGAAAAAAUCACUUAAAUAAUAUAACUCUAUGAAUCAGAUAGAAUAUUAAAUCCUGCCUUUGGUUAAAUAAUAUUUGGAUCUGCAAAAUAAUAAUGGGGUUUUACUUGUUUAUAAUUUGCCUAACUUUAUGAAAAUAAAUUUGGUAUAGAACAUAGAAAGUUAGCAGAAAAGUUAUGGGGUGAUCAUUAUUUUGAUGCAUCUACAAAAUAAUGGAGUACUAUGUCUAAAGAUAGUUAACCUUUAAAAAGAGCAUUUGUUGCCUUUAUCUUAGAUCCAAUUCUAAAAUUAUCAUAAGCUAUAAUGAAUGGCCAAAAAGAUGUUGUCUAUUAAAUGAUAGAGAGAAUUGGAAUAUAAUUAAAUGAAGAUGUAAAACAAUAAGAUGGUAAGGAAUUAUUGAAAUCAAUUCUCAGUAUUUGGAUUAAUUUAGCAGAUGCAAUUAUGUAAUCAUGUAUAUUACAAAUACCUUCUCCAAGGACUGCUUAAAAUUACAAAGCAGCAUCUCUUUGUAAAUUAGAUAAGAAUGACAAAUUAUUUGAAUCAAUUAGAGAUUGUAAUCCUAAAGGACCUUUAGUGAUUUAAAUUUGCUUAAUGAUACCAUAUAAGUAGGAGUUCAUCUCAAUUGGAAGAGUCUAUUCAGGAACAAUCUAUACUGGACAGUAGAUAAAGAUUUUAGGAUGUUAAUAAAAAGAUGGGAAGAAUUAAGAUCUAUUUUAAGUAAUAGUAGGAUAGACUUUUUGUUUCCCCUAAGGUGAACCUGCUUAUUUAGAAUAGAUACCUUCUGGAAACAUAGUGGGAAUAAAAGGAAUUGAUUAAUUCAUCAAAGGAACUUGUACUAUAACUGAUAUCUAACAUUCUAUUUAAAUGACACCUAUAUAAUAUUAAUAGGAUAAUUUAGUAAGGAUUACAAUUUCACCUGUGGAUCCUAUCCAUUUGACUCUUGUAAUUGAAGCAAUUAAAUAAUUAAUGAAAUUACAUUCAACUAUUUCUUUAUAAUUAGAUCCUUGUUUGAUUUUAACUGGAAAUACAUAUCACCAUUUACAAUUUUUUAUGGAAGAAUUAAUUAAUAAAUAUUUAAGUAAUGUUGAAAUUAAAAAGUCUAAUUACUUUAUUAGUUACAGAGAGACAAUCACAGAUAUAUCAAAUAAAAAUUAAAUUAAGACUCCAAAUAAACAUAAUAUGAUAGAAGGAAUAGCAAUACCAUUAAGUGAUAAUCUAUUGAAUUAAAUUGAAUCAGAUAAUUAAUCUAUUACAUUUAAGGAAUCUUUAAAAAUCAAUUCAAAAAAUUGGUUCCAAAAUGAAAAAUUAAAAAUUAUGGCUUUUGGUCCAAAUAAUAUUGGUCCUAAUAUUCUUGUAAAUAAAUCAAAUUAUGAAGAUUAUUAACAUCUAUCCGAAAUUGAAGUUCAUCUGAAUACAACAUGGUAAUGGUUUACAAAAGAAGGGGCACUUUGUGAUGAAGAAUUAAGGGGAGUACAAAUUAAUAUUUUACAAUAUUUAUCUCAUGCUGAUAAUAUUCAUAGAGGAGCAGGUCAAAUUAUACCUACAGCAAGAAGAUUAUUUUAUGGAUGUUAAUUAUAAGCAUAACCAAGAUUAUAAGAACCUGUAUUUCUUGUGGAAAUUCAUUCGAAUAUAUAUGUUAUAGAUUAAGUUUACAAAUGUUUAAAUAAUGCAAAAGGGAUUGUUAUAGAGGAAAAGAGUUUCUCUGAAACUUCCUUUUAAAAAGUACAUUUUUCUAUAAUCAAGAUAAAAGCAUAUGUAAAAGGUCCUAAUAUAUUUUAAUUUCAUGAUUCAUUAAGUCGGAUGACUUAAAAUAAAGCAUAUAGUAUAAGUUCAUUUGAUCAUUGGUCUCUACUUAAUAGUGAUCCAUUAGAAGAUAAUUCUGAAGUAUAUAUGUAUAAUAAAUUUAGGCUAAUUAAAUAUUGUAAGAUAUUCGAGUAAAGAAAGGUUUGUCUUCACAAAUCCAAAAAUAUUUAUGA